AUGUCGACCUUUUACCACCAUGCAACCACCACUAUUCUCAUCAUCCUCCUCAUCCUAGCCACAACCACAUCAUCAACAAACCCAACCUCCUCCCCACUCCACUUCUCCAAGUCAUCUAGAUCCUCAUCCUCAUCAUCAUCACCAUCCCGGUCAUCGCCAUCAGUCUCGAACCCUGAGAAACUGUUCGACGACACGAUCCAGUCCAUUCUAACUCAGGCUCAGUCAACCAGCACCAUGGCCUCCCUACUCACCACCACUUCCUCAACAUCGUCUCAGGGUUUCACUGAGGACCCUGGAGCGACCACGGUCACCACCACGGGCCCCGUGGGGGACUGCAUGGACCUGCUGGACGACACGUUGGACCAGCUGUCCAACGUGGCCCACCGUCGUGAUCACAACCCGGCCCACACCCACGACGACGUCCAGACGUGGCUCAGCGCCGCCCUCACCAACCAAGAGACGUGCAAAGAGAGCCUCCAAACCCCGCCGUUGAAAAAUCCCCACCGCCACCACGAACCGGCGAUGAAAGCGAUCCUCCUUCAGGCGUUGGCUCGAAACAUGACCGCCACCGUGGAAGCUUCGCUAGCACUAUACGUGAACCACAUCCGUAGUAACAACAACCCACGCCACGUCAUGAGCCCUAAAUACCGUAAAUACCCUUCUAAUUACAUCCCCGGCGGCAGGAAGCUGUUGUCGGCGGCCUCGUCGUCCUUCCCCGGGUGGCUGCCCGCCGCCAAGAGGAAGCUUCUCGAAGCUUCCAUGGGCGAGCUGGAGGUCCAUGCCGUGGUGGCGAAGGACGGAAGUGGGACCCACACAACCAUAGCGGCGGCGCUUAGGGCGGUGACGAUGAGUGGUGGCGCCACCGUGGCGUCCGGCGGCGGGGGUAGUUCGGUGAUUUACAUCAAGGCCGGUACUUAUAAGGAGACGUUGAACAUUCCGACGAAGCAGAAGAACGUGGUGUUGAUGGGGGACGGGAAGGGCAAGACCGUCAUUGUGGGGAGCAAGAACGCCGACGAUGGGUCGACCACUUACCAAACCGCCACCGUUGCUGCGAUGGGAGAUGGGUUCAUGGCCCGUGACAUCACGAUCAUAAACGACGCCGGUCCAACCAAGCACCAGGCCGUGGCGCUCCGGGUCGGGUCGGACCGGUCCGUCAUCUUCCGGUGCUCCAUCCAGGGCUACCAGGACACACUCUACGCGCUGUCCAAGCGCCAGUUCUACCGCGAGACCAACGUCUACGGCACCAUCGACUUCAUCUUCGGCAACGCCGCGGCCGUGUUCCAGAGCUGCAGCCUGUACUCCCGCAAGGGCGGUUCGUACCCGAACAACUUCGUGACCGCCCAGGGCCGGUCCAGCGAGUACCAGAACACGGGGUUCUCGAUCCACAACUGCCGGGUCGAGGCCGCCCCGGACCUCCCCGCGGGGUCCGGGUCCACGUACCUGGGCCGGCCCUGGAAGGAGUACUCGAGGACCGUGGUCAUGCAGUCCCAGCUGGGGGGACACAUCAACCCGGCCGGGUGGUCCGCCUGGUCCGGUGGGUUCGCGCUCAAGACCCUUUACUACGCGGAGUACCUGAACUCCGGACCAGGGGCUGGGACUUCCGGCCGCGUCGGAUGGCCCGGGUACCACUCUGCCCUGGCACCUGCCGAUGCGGGGAAGUUCACCGUCGGGCAGUUAAUCACGGGGAACUCCUGGCUGCCGUCGACCGGAGUCUCGUUCGACUCCGGUUUGAUUGGUUAA